ACAAUCUCAACUCGCCCGGCGGUGUCUCACUCAUUUCUGUGAUAUUUCACCCUCUCUGCUGCGGGCGUCCUGAGAAGAGACAGACGGAGAGAGAUUAUUUACGCACACCGAGAGUAAGCGCGGAGAAAAGACCACAGUCGCUGCCUGAUGGAAUACAACGCACCGCCGGUCGAGGUCUCCUUCGAGGGACUCCUGUUCGACAUGGAUGGGACUAUCAUCGACUCGACGGCCGCAGUCGUCAAGCAUUGGAACACCGUCGGAAAUGAGAUCGGCGUCGACCCCGAGGUCAUCCUGCAGACCUCUCACGGCCGGCGGAGCAUAGACAUUCUGAAAGUGCUCAGCCCGGAGAAGGCCAAUUGGGAAUACGUGAGACACAUGGAGUCGCUGCUGCCGAAGCUGCACGGGCAGGACGCGGUCGAGAUCCCGGGGGCGCGGUCGCUCCUCGAGGCCCUGAUCGGCGCGGGCGCGCGCUGGACCAUCGUGACGUCGGGGACGACGCCGCUGGUCACGGGCUGGCUCGACGUGCUGCAGCUGCCGCACCCGGAGCACCUGGUCACGGCGGAGUCGGUGGCCAACGGCAAGCCGGACCCGGAGUGCUACGCGCUCGGGCGCGAGAAGCUGGGGCUCAGGCGCGGCGCGGCGGCCGACGGCGCGGUGCUCGUGCUCGAGGACAGCCCCGCCGGCAUACGCGCCGGCAAGGCCGCCGGGUGCAAGGUGCUGGGCCUCGUCACGAGCCACACCGCCGAGCAGGUGCUGGCCGCCGGCCCGGACUGGGUCGUCCGGGACCUGCAGUCCGUCCGGCUGGUCCGCCACGACGGCGGCGGCGGCGGCGGCGGCGACGCGCCAGGGGCCGCCAGCGCUUCCCGCGUGACGCUGCAGAUAUCGAAUUCCCUCACCGCGGCAGCGGGUGGGGUAGAGCACCAGCAGUAGCAGCGGCAGCAGCAGCAAGAGCAGCAAGAGCAUGCAGUAGCGGCAGAUGGCGACGACGGGGAAGGGGGGGAGGGAGAUGAUCGCCGAGCUUGGGAAAUGAAGACUAGUGGUCUGGACCUUU